AACCAACGCAGCAACGGCCUCCGUCCCCCGCCCGCAUGUGAUGUUUGACUCCACCAAGCAAGCAAGCAGUCCUCGCUUCACCAAACCUGUCCCUUCUCCCUCCGUUCUCCCCCGCCUAUCCCCUAUAUAUACGCGCCAGCCACCGCCCACUCGUCUUUCAUUCCAUCUCCGCCGAUCCGUCCAUCUCCAGCUGCCACCGCGUGAGAUCGAGUCGAUCCCUGACCUAAAAGUCCACCGCCCCUGCCACCGCCGGGGUUUAAUUUCCAUCAGCGUUGCCAGCCAUGGCCGCCGGCUUCGAGGCUCUCCUCGACCCGACCGCGCUCUCCCUGGCCCUGCCGGCGCCGGGGCUCAGCAAGGAGGACUACCUCGCCAUCUGCCUCGCCGCGCUCGCCGGCACGCGGGGGACCGGCCUCACGGCGGCCGGGUUCGGGCGGCACGCGGAGAAGUGGUGCCCGCAGCCGCUCGCCGCGCCGGUGGCGCUGGAGGAGCUCCGGUUCCGGUGCGCGGUCUGCGGGAAGGCGUUCGCGUCGUACCAGGCGCUCGGCGGCCACAAGUCCAGCCACCGGAAGCCGCCCACCGGGGAGCAGUACGCCGCCGCCGCCGCGGCGCGGGCGGCAGCCUCCACGGCGGACUCCGAGGAGACGACGUCCUCGGGAGGACCCGCCGCCGGCGGGCCGCACCGGUGCACCAUCUGCCGGAGGGGCUUCGCCACGGGCCAGGCGCUCGGCGGGCACAAGCGUUGCCACUACUGGGACGGCUCGUCGGUGUCCGUCUCCCUGUCCGCGUCGGCGUCCGGCUCCGGGACGGGGUCGUCGGGCGUCACCGUCAGGAACUUCGACCUCAACCUGAUGGCUCUGCCGGAGAACGCCGGGAUGAGGAGAUGGGUCGAGGAGGAGGAGGUGCAGAGUCCGCUGCCGAUCAAGAAGCGCAGGAUAUCGGACUAAUUCACAAGCUGACCUCGUGUGUCCAUAUCGUCGGUUCAUGUAAAACUGUAAAUCGUUUUAGUAACAAUAAUAAAUUAUUUGAUUUUAAUU